AUGUCGUGGCAGAGCCAGUGGGGCACCGUCAAGGCCUCGAACGCCCGAGCGGCGGCGCUGUACUACAACGUGUCCAACGUGGGCAAGACCAUCGAGAGCUCCAAGAAGCGCGUCGUCUGGCGCCUCAAGGUCGAGGAAGGCCGCGAGUUUGAGAUCUCGCUCACGCACUCGCUCGCGUCCGGCAAGAAGGUGCUGCGCGUCGAUGGCAUCGUCAAGUACACGUCGCAGUCGCUCUCCUUUGGCGACUGGGACUACGUGUUCAACCUCGCAGGAGGCCACUGCGUGCACAUUAUCAUCAAGCCAUCGGUGGACCUCAACGAUAUGUAUGGUGCGAAACUUACCAACCAGUAA